AUGGACUUGCAGGGAAUCGAACCCUGGACCACUCCCAAGCUGAUCCUUAUUAUACCACUAAACCACAAGCCCGAUUUUCUGAUGAAGAGAAAUGAAAACGGUAGCACUAUAUUCCGCGUCGCAGCAAGCAAGGCUCACGGGUGUCGAAGAGAUGCUUUACCUUGCAGGUUGUGGAGUGGAAGAUUUGUUGCUGAAACUGGUGGGGCGAUGCGGUUAGGGUCAAGUUCGAGCGGUUUGGCACACGACCUAAACUGCUAA